AUGGAGUCACUGCUUUUGGAUGUGCCUUUUGUAUGCAAGUCGUGGUACAAAGCAAGCCUCGAUCCUUGUUGCUGGCAACGUCUCAUUUUUCCCAACGUCUCCUUUUUUGGAAGAUUUGUCAAUGAAUAUAGAAUUGAUGACUGGAAGUUUUCGACUAGUGCUUUUAUUAAGUUUGUCGUCAGUCGUAGCAAGGGACAUGCUACUGUUAUCAGCCUACCUCCAUUUGCUUCAGAAGCAGACUUGAAAUAUGUUUCGGAUGUGUGUGGUGAUCUCAAGGUUCUGGCAUUUCAUGGGGACGAACCACAUGUAAUCCCAAAGCUGAUUGGUAAGUGGAAACAUUUGGAGUGGUUAAUGUUGGAAAGCGGCGAUGAUUUCGAAGAAAUCCUCUCACAGAUCAGCAUUCACUGCAAGGAUUUUUGUGGCUUAUGUGUGUCUAAUGAUGUUUUUUGUACUGGAGAGGCAAUGGCAAUCGUUAACUUCCUGCCUAAGAUUAAACAGUUGAUCUUUAGGAGGGUAGAAAUUGGUCGGGAUGAUCUUAUGGCGUUACUGCUGCGCUGCAAAAAGCUUCUGCUGCUGGAAGGCAGUGAUUGUAUAGGUUUUAGUCCGGAUUGA